UCUACGAACACACGCAAGCGAGAUCACGUCAAAGAGGCGCGAUUAACACAAAAACGUAAAUGCCUAGUUCUUUACUCGUGUGUUCAUUCGCUUGUUUCUUGUGCGGCCUGUUUUGUGCGCUCUAGCAGGCAUGUGUGUGCUGAUACGUAUGUUUACGACAGGUGUGGAGCACACAUGUCUCGGGCCUUGGCGCCUUCGCGGAGGGAAUCUGCAAAUGCAACGGCCCAGCUGUGCGCUUCCUGCCCUUCGCUUGUUCCCCGCAUACCGGACCCAAACAAACAGACGACGGCGACGGGAGGAUCAGCUAGCGAAUUGUGCCCGCCUUUCUGCUCACCCUCCGCCCUGGACCUUGCGGCGGAAAUGGAGGACGACCUCGAGUACUACAUUACCUUCCCGACGCCGACGCCCAAGGAGACACACAGGCGGGACGAGGGAGAUGAAGAAGAGGACUUUGUAUUUGUUGAUGGAGCUAAUGGUGAGAAGGAGCCAGUUGUGUUUCUCCUUGGCUGGCUUGGAGCAGAAGAUCGACAUUUGGCCAAAUAUUGCAGUAUCUACAACCAAAGAGGGUGUAUAACCAUCCGCUAUACCUCUCCCACAUCUUACUUGUUUGUAAGACCCAAAGUGAAACUGAUGCCAAUUGCUCGUAAACUCCUUGCAUUACUGAGAGACAUGAGCCUUGAUGACCAUCCUGUUUUUUUCCAUAUGUUCAGUAACAAUGGGUCUGUGUUAUAUUACUACAUAACUCAGGCAAUGGAAGAAGAUGAGGCACCAAAUUUGAUGGUUAAGGGAUGCAUUUUUGACAGUACCCCAUCACCGAGGAGACUUUACUCAGGCGUGCGAGCGAUAUAUGAGGUGACACCAGGGUCAGUGUGGAUGAAGCUCUGUGCAUCAGUAGGCAUGAUGCUGUUCUUGAUGGGAUGGAGGGUCCUUUCUGUGUUGUGGACUAUUAUCUCUGGGAAGCUCCCUAAUACUCCACCUUGGGCUCUUGUGGAGGACAAAGCUCGAUGUCCACAACUCUUUCUGUAUUCACGUGCUGAUAAACUUAUUAAUUACAAUGAUGUUGAAUAUUUUGUUGCUGAACGUCAGAAGCUUGGAAUUCCUGUUGUUACAAAAUGCUGGGAUGAUUCUGCUCAUGUUCAGCAUUACAGGGUACACCCAGAUGCCUACAGUUCCUCAGUUUAUUCAUUCAUCAACAUGUGCCUCUCGCCAGAUUUCAUAAGUAGUAAGAUCACUGCUGAUGCAUCAGAGGAUGCUGAUAAACAGAAGAGUGAUUAGAGAGUAGUCAUUACAAGGGUUUUACAGGUCCAGAACAGACACAUUACUUAACCCAUUGCGGUUAGGGAUACCAUGAUCACUUGAUUGUCUUUACACAUAGAUGACUCAACAAGUAAUUACUAAUAACUAGUACUACCUAUCUCACCUAUUUAUCCUUUUCCUGGAUUUUUGGAAAUAAUUUAUUUUAUCUUGUAUUGCUGUUAGUAAUGUUAAUAACAUUAUAAUUAUUAUAAUAUCUAUUAUAAUAAUGACAGCAUCAAUAUUAAUAACAUUAAUAAAAAAUACAUUUUGCCUAAAACUCCGGGAAAAGUAAAAUCAAGUGAAGUCAUGAGACUGACUAAUUGACUACUUGAUGGCCAAGCACUUGUGGAGCCACCAAUGUGUAGAGACAUUUCACAAAACAAUACUACAAUAAACAUUGCCUUUUCCUUGCGGCACUGGAUUAAUGUACGUUGUACAUAAUGGCUUUGUGAAGAAGAUUUAACUAUUGUGUUGAACUAGGGGUCGCAGUGCUUAUGUAAAAUAUGUGAUGAUACAAAAGUGUUUUAUCAUCAAAACUUUGGCCAUCUGCUCACUAAAUUCCAUUUUUAACAUGUUCAGGUAAGUUCAGAUAGAGGUAAAUCUUAAAUUGCAAAUAUAUUUGGACAAGGUAGGCUAUACCAAUAGUUCUAAAAUUAGGUGCUGUGGGCAUGGUCCAAAAUUAAAUCAAAUUUAUGGAUGCAGUAAUUUAUUGUCUCUCUUCUGGUGAGCAAGUAACAUUUGGGAAUGAAACUUUUGUUUAUUUUGUUUCUAUCAACAGCAAUUUGUGGGGUAGAAGAAAAUACACUACUUUACCUGUAAAUUCAUUUAGGAUGGAGUGAUAGGGUAAUGAAAAGGGUUCUGUAGGAAGGACUCUGUAAGCUUAAGGGCCACUGAAAAAAGUUUGGGAACCAACCUUCUACAUAUAUUUUUAACCCAAUGCCGACGGGCAUGACGUGUACGUACGUGCUAUACUGACUGUGAGUACUUGUUUGAUUGUUUUAACACUUGUACUAAGUCACC